GAGAAAAUUUCUAAUCGAUGCUGGCAGAGAAUUAUAGAAGUUGAUGAAAAUCGAUACCCAGAACGCAACUAUAUAAAGACUUUCCUUUCUUGUGCUUUAUCCAUCAAAAUUUCCCAUAGUGCUAUAUUAUCUACACUAGACAUGGGUUUGAAAGGAAAGUUGAUUUCACAAAUAGAGAUCAAAGGUUGUGGGGAUCUCUUUCAUGAAAUGUUUAGGCACAAACCACACCAUCUUCCCAAUGUGACUCCACAUAAAAUUCAAGCUGUCGAUUUGCAUCAAGGAGAUUGGGGUACUGUAGGCUCCAUCGUUAACUGGAAUUAUACUAUCGAGGGGCAAGAGAAGGUAGUGAAAGUGGUUGUUGAAGCCAUAGAGGAGGAGAAAAGGCUAGUGACAUUCAAGGCAUUUGAAGGUCAUAUAAUAGAGCAAUACAAGGCCUUCAAAGCAACAGUUCAUAUUGAGAAUGAAGGAGAAAACAACUUGGUCUUAUGGACUAUUGAGUACGAGAAGCAGAAUGAUGACGUUUCAGAACCCUUCUCUUAUUUGGAAUUUGCCACUAAUCUCACCAAAGAUGUUGAUGCCCACCAUGUCAACCAGCAGGUUGACGUAUAAUUAAUUUUCUUUAAUUUCUGGUGAAUAAGGGGAGUUCAACAAUUUAAGUGGUUGUGCUUGUUGAUGUUUGUGUUUCUCAUAAAGAUGUUUGAUUUGUUGUGUUUCUUGUUAAGAUAUUUCCUUCGUUCUGUCUUUGAGAAAUAAUUAUUGUAUAUGUAUCUUUUUAUGAGGAAGGAAUUAUAUUCGUAUGAUUUGAUUUUGUGAA